AUGCCCGGCGGUGCAAUGGACGCCUUGGGGGCCUUCUCCCACCUCACCGAUAAUUUACCCACAUGGAUUACCCGGAUCUCUGAUCUGGCCACCCACACCGCCGCCAAACAUGCCGAAUAUGCCGAGGCGUACAAGAAACUCGCCGUCACACCGGGGAGACCGCGUCGACGCAAGAAUAGCUCCGUGUGCUCCAUCCGGACCGACGACCUGCGGAAUGCCGUCACACAAUCGCCGCCCCCCAUAGAUACACCGACCCAGGAAGACUCCGACACCCCCCAGCCCGCCCCCCAGGACCCGUCGACCCCGACCCCGAACCCUCGAAAGCGUGGCACGGACGAAGCCCCCUCCGUGGCCUCUGAGGAGAACCCUUUUGUCAGCACCCGAUACAACCUAGUGAUCCAUUACGACGGGGAGACGCAGAAGUCGCUGGAGGAAAUGGUGCGGGUUAUCGGGACGGCCAGAAACAACAUUCGGAGGGGAAAGAUGUCCCAGAUGGGCGCCAUGCGUAGUAGUGCUCUUAACAAACCCUCCCGCAUGAACAGCCCGCCGCUUCCUUCUUCCGCGGAUGGUUCUGAUGAUCAGUUGCUGUCCCAGAUCCGCAGCACCCGGAAUCGGGGACCUCCGCCGCAGGCCCGGGUGAUGGCGAAGAACUCCCCCUUUGAGAUGGCAGAUCGACAGUUGGAGUUGGCUCAUAGUUUGUGUGAGACGGCGGCUUACCAGUUCCUCCGGGUGGGCGACUGCUCGGAAGAACUACAGGGGGUGCUGGAUAAAUUCAAGGCACUGCUCGAACUGGCCACGGGUGAAGUGCGACGUCUCACGGAGGAACAGGAAAAGGAACGUGCCGCGAAGGAGAACGAGGCGCCACACGUGGAAUCUAUACAGUUGACAGUUGGCCCCGCGGGCAACAAGGUGCCGACAUCAGAUAUCGGAGCGAUCGAGGUGGACGACGGGACGGAAUCCGAAGAAUCGAUUGACUUAUCUACGUUCCGAGCCCGACGAAUGAUGAUGAGGGCUUAG